GCUUGCGCUCUCUCUCUCCCCCUCUACUCCUCUGCUCUCUCUCCUCCUCUCCUGUACUCUCCCUCAUUGCCGCUGUCUGAGAGCCGUUUCCAGCUCUGUUGCCAAGACGAUCGCGGCACUAACUGGAAUGUCUGGCUCUAGCUCUGGCUCCAGGAAGGAGUUUGACGUGAAGCAGAUCCUACGAAUCCGAUGGCGGUGGUUCGGCCACCCCACGUCCCCGCCGCCCCACGGCCAGUCGCUGGGUGACUUCUUCAACAGCAGAGGGGCAAGAGACUCGAGGGAGGACACCUCGGUUGGCGUGUGCCCCGGCACCAGCUCCACCGGCACUAGCACAACUUCCAACAGUAACAGCAGCAGCAACUGCAGGAAGUUUGUGGAUCUCGCAGGCCGCUCCGUGACACUGUCUGCAGUCGCUCCCGGAUGUCGACGCUCCUUUAGUCAGCAGGAUUGUCGGAGCUCCCCGGGGCUACACUGGGUCACGAACCCACUCCCACACCCACGCUCACAUCCAGAUCCACACCGGGAUGCAGAGGUCCUGGAGUUAAUGUGCGAACGGUCCCAGCAGCCUCCUUCCGCGGGACAUGAACCUCCAGGACUUGGUGUGGGCGAGGAAGAGAAAGCCACACAUUCAGACUCCAGUUCCUGCAGGAGCUCCACCAGCAGCCAGACCCUCUCCUCCAGCCACACCAUGGAGGCCUGUGGUCCAGAGGAGCUCUUCCAGGCACUGAGCCAUGCAGAGGACACCUUCCGCAAGAUGGAGAACUAUCUGAGACACAAGCAGCUGUGUGAUGUGGUUCUGCUGGCUGGUGAGCGCAGGAUCCCUGCUCAUAGACUAGUCCUCUCCUCCGUGUCAGACUACUUUGCUGCCAUGUUCACCAGCAACGUCAGGGAGGCCACGCAAGACGAAGUGAAAAUGGAGGAAGUUGACCCCGAUGCGUUGUGGGCACUGGUACAGUACGCUUACACAGGACGACUGGAGCUGCGAGAAGACACCAUAGAGAGUCUACUUUCUGCUUCCUGCCUGCUGCAGCUGUCUGCUGUGGUGCAAGCCUGCUGCACCUUCCUAGUCAAGCAGCUACACCCCUCCAAUUGCUUGGGCAUCCGUUCCUUCGCUGAUGCACAGGGCUGCCAGGACCUCCACAAAGUGGCACACAACUACACCAUGGAGCACUUCCUGGAGGUGAUGCGAAACCAGGAGUUCCUUCUGUUGCCACCCAGCGAAAUCGAGAAGCUGCUGUCUUCAGAUGAUAUGAAUGUGCCGGAUGAGGAGACGGUGAUGGGGGCACUGAUGAGCUGGGUGCAACAAGACUGUGCGGGACGCCAGCAUUACCUGCCUCGCCUCUUGGCCCAUAUCCGGCUACCCUUACUGGCACCACCGUUCCUUGCGGAUGCAGAGUCCAACCCCCUGCUGCAGGACAGCGUGGAGUGUCAGCGGCUGCUCAUGGAGGCUAUGAAGUACCACCUCCUGCCUGAACGGCGGCCACUGCUACAGAGCCCGCGAACACGACCCCGUAAGGCCACUGUGGGCAUGCUGUUUGCCGUUGGUGGAAUGGACGCAACCAAAGGGGCCACCAGCAUCGAGCAGUACUGCCUGCGCAAGGACUCCUGGAAGCAGGUGGCUGUAAUGAGUGGCCGGAGGCUGCAGUUUGGGGUUGCGGUACUUGAGGACAGACUGUAUGUGGUGGGUGGCCGUGACGGCCUCAAGACCCUCAACACAGUGGAAUGUUACAACCCUCGCAGCCGGACCUGGAGUGUCAUGCCUCCUAUGUCCACCCACAGACAUGGCCUAGGUGUUGCAGUCCUGGAGGGCCCCAUGUAUGCAGUGGGGGGCCAUGAUGGCUGGAGCUACUUGAGCACGGUGGAGCGCUGGGACCCUCAGGCCCGACAGUGGAGCUUCGUAGCCAGCAUGGCAACCCCACGCAGCACAGUGGGUGUGGCUGUCCUUGGCAGCAAGCUGUAUGCAGUGGGUGGGCGUGAUGGCAGCUCCUGCCUUAAAUCAGUAGAGUGCUUCGACCCACACACCAAUAAGUGGAGCAGCUGUGCCCCCAUGGCCAAGCGGCGGGGUGGAGUGGGAGUGGCCACCUGGAACGGUUUUCUGUAUGCCAUUGGGGGCCACGACGCACCCGCUUCUAGUCUUGCUUCUCGUCUGUCAGACUGCGUUGAGAGGUACGACCCCAAAACAGAUACCUGGACCACAGUUGCACCUAUGAGCAUCAGUAGGGACGCGGUGGGGGUUUGCUUGCUAGGGGACCAGCUCUAUGCCGUCGGGGGUUAUGAUGGACAGAGUUAUCUCAACACUGUGGAGGCUUAUGACCCACAGACCAACGAGUGGAAGCAGGUGGCACCAUUGUGUCUAGGCAGGGCAGGCACGUGUGUGGUGGUUGUGAAGUUAUAGCAGCCCGUGAACCUCUGCCCCAGAGCCCUCCAUACUGAGAUAAAGUGACAUCACCAACAUCUCCUCUCUGACUUUCCAGCUGUACGAGUUGGCAGAGGCUCAGAGGACAGGACUGUCGCUUUGAGCUGCAUUGACAAGGGAGUUCCAUAAACCUGCACCUCACAAAAAAAUGGGGGCAUUGACUCGCUGUAUAAAUGUCUGUUAUAAGAUGUCUGCGUUUCCUCUCGACAGUACUUUAAUUAGCUGGGGAGAAAUUUGAUUAUUUUUUUUUCUUCUUCUUUAAGGAGCACAUUCUCACCACCUCCAGGUCCUCCUAAAUGUAAUCUGCUUUCCAGGAAUUAAUUUCCACCUUGCCUUUUCACCCUGUAAUUGGAUUGACACUUGCCAGGGGCAAGAGAUAAGGCUUAAUAGUUUUGCUGAGUGGUGACUGCACUGCAUGGAGUCUGUUGGGGCUGGCCUUGUGCCUUCUAGGGUUGGGGGGUUGGAGUAUUUUUCUUUUAAUAUAUAUGUCCAUUUAUUUCUGCACACUUUCAGCUUGCAACUUACGCAGUCCUAUGCCAACAGUAAAAGGGUAACAGAGGUGAAGCAAAAAGAAAUCCGACUGUCGGUUCCAGGUUGCAAAACGCAUUUUGAAAUGUGCUACAGGAAUUGACUUUUCCUUUAAGCCAUGACAAGUACAUUUUUAGAGGUGGAAGUAAUUCGAGGAGUAAACCAUGUCUCGCUGGACAAAAGGCUCUUUUAGAGCUUGGGAUAAGUGGGUGGGGCCUCAGAGGGGUAGGGAGGGGUUAUCAUUUAUUUGUUCAUAGAACUACCAAUUAUUUUUCCCCUUUUUUGAGUUUGUUUUUUUUUGGUUUUGUUAAGAGCACAUGCUGAAAUUCCUUAUUCAUGAUAUGCAGUUUAUAAAUGGUUGAAGUAAACUGCGAUGUGUGUGUGUGUGAUGUGACCCAGUUCAAAAAAGCCCCCAAAGCAAAACCACUCUGAUCUGGUGCCAUUGGGCCCGUCUUGUCCUCUAUUCCUCCUAUAGUCAGUAUGGUCAAGACACUUUUCAAAUUAACCUGGCAGUUUGUCACAUACCACUAUAUGCCACUUACUACACCAUGCUACCACAUACUACCCUCUAAGCCAAAAGGCUGAGUUCUCUCAUAGAGCACAUUUAUACAAUAGAAUAAAGAAGCCAUAUAUAAACAGUUAACUUCAGGAUUGAAACUACUUCACAGAGAGGGUUCGGCACACAUAUAUACCAAAGCUGGCGAUACAACUAAUAGACCCUGUUCCAUAAAGAGGUUGAAGUCCUAGUCAAUUGAAGUCCAAUUUGGAAAACAAGGAUUACCUGCUGCAGUAAACCCACAAAGCAAUAAAACCACACAUUACAACAUUAUGUUCAUUACUUGUUAUUAAAGCAUUUAUUAGCUCAGGUGCUACAGUGUGAUGAUUAUUUUUAAUGGGAUUGAUAGCAGCCACUGGUUGGAAUAUGGCAUUUAUAAUCUAUACGCAUAGCAGAUGUGUAUUUUUAAUGCUGCUGGAGAUCACAAUCACAUGUCAUUUAUACCAGCAAAGAGGGGUAUAGACAUGCUGCUGUUUGAUUUCAGAACUAUUGAAACUGCUUUGCUCCCAAAUUUGAAAGAUAUUGGUAUCAAUUAUGUAUUGGUGGCUUAAAUGGUUUAAAGUUUGUUGGUGUUUUAUGCCUCAUUUUUACUGUGGGGUUUAUGUUCAUGUAUUUUGUUUUUAUAAUUUUCUUCCCGUAUGUUGGAUUGAAGUGAUUUGUUCUGUUGGCAAGAUAGCACAAGACCUGGACCUUAAAUCAAGGGAAAAAUGACAAUACUGUCAAUACUGCUGCAACACUAUUUUGAGUUGGAUUAAGUUUGGGACCAUGGAGGUAAUGUGAAGAGCUAAUUAGUGUUUGAUAUACACAUAUCAGAUGGAAACUGUGGAAACUGGACCAAAGUUAAAUACUUUAUUGAACCAGAUGGGUGGGGGUGGGGAAGGUGAAACUGGACAUGGUGGUGUAUUUAUUGUUCAGAUGGAUUCAGACAUGAACCUCAAACAAAAUGUAUCCCAUUGAGUGUCAGUGUGUCCACCUGAACAAAAUAUUUGUUUCUAGUGAAGCACAACAGGCACAGCAGGAGAGUGCUGUGGAAACAGAGGGGAAGAAAUCCACUUACUGUUACACAUUUAUCCUUUUUAUGGACAAGCAGAGACUAAGCAUUUUCAUAUAGAAACUCAUGUAUUUUGGAACUUGUGUAUUAAGUAACUGUACCCAGUUAUUUGGGGAAGGUCAUAUUUGAUGAUUGCAUUCAGUGGAUUCAUUUUUCUUCCUGUCUCCACGUAGCAUUUUUUUAGUAAGACUUGGAAAAGCAGUAAAGUCUGUGUAGUUCCUUUCACUGUCAUCUAUAGAAUACCAUUGUAGCAAAUCUGAAUCAGUCUUUGUUUGACUGUAACUACAAAUUACCCUUGAUUGUAUGGGCAUACUCAUCAGCCCGUGAUUUUGGUUUAUUUUUAUUUUUUUAAUUCCCUUUACCCAGAAACCCAUAUUUGUUUUUGUUCUGUUUAUGAAUCCAUACUUGUAUUUGCCUGAUUCACGCGCCUUCUCCUGGUCCCUGGCUUCACUUUGAUGCUGUGUCCGGUGCACUGAGACAGCCCCUGGAGGCAGCAUACAGCACAGGAAGGGAAAUCAAAUGAUGUGUAAAUGAAACUUGCCUUUUCUUUUCACAUCACUCUGGU